AGUGUAAAUUGAAUGUUUUCUCUGACAUUGUUUUUAAAUGUCACUACCAUUUGUCAGUAGAAAUGUUAAUGGUGCCUUUUAAAUAACAGGAUUUGGUAUUAUGGAGGAGCUCGGAGGAAACAAGAACCUAGGAGAGGAGAUCCAUAGCCUGAUCACCCGCCUUUAUUUCCAACGUUACUUGUUGAUCCAGCUUCCAUUACGAUGGUGAUGAAGGUCUACGGUUCCAUGAUUUCCACAGCAACUCUCCGCGUUCUGGUUUGCCUCGCCGAAAAGGAUAUUGAUUUCGAGCUUAUUCACGUCGAUCUGGCAUCCGGUGAACACAAAAAGCCUCAUCUACUUUCAAUCAAUCCGUUCGGUCAAAUUCCGGCGGUUGAAGACGGUGAUUUCAAACUCAUCGAAUCAAGGGCGAUUAUGCAAUACAUAGAACGCACAUACGUUAAACAGGGGACGGAUCUGAUAAGCAAGGAGCCGAAGAAGGCGGCGGAGCAAUCAGUGUGGAUGGAAGUGGAGUCUCAGAAAUUUGAACCGGCGACUACGAGGUUAGUAUGGGAGCUGUGUAUGAAGCGGCUCUUAUUUGGAGAAAAAGAAAACCAGGCCGUAGUGAAGGUGAAGGAAGAGGCGCUGGGGAACUUGCUUGACGUCUACGAAGGACGGCUGACGGAGAACAAGUAUUUGGGCGGAGAUAGCUUCUCGAUGGCGGACCUCUACCACGUUCCUGUGAUCAAGUUCCUGAUGGGGACUCAGACGAAGAAGGUGUUUGACGCGCGGCCGCAUGUCAGCGCGUGGAUUACGGAUAUCUUGUCCAGACCUUCUUGUUUGAAGGUCUUUUGUCGCUCUGCGAACCAACUAGGCGCGUGAGCUUUGAAAGCAUGGUAGGUUACUUUUGAGUUGUAUUUUCGUUCUUGUUGUUGGUGUACUCUUGUAUUAAAAGGAUCGUUACUUUUGUGGAAAUUAUUUUGAGAA